AUGUUCACUUUACCAACAUUAUCGUCUGAUAUCACUGUUGAAAUCAACAGUUCCGCCACCAAGACUCCAUUUGUUCGUCGUCCAGUUGAACCAGUUGGUAAGUUCUUUUUGCAACAUGCUCAAAGAACUUUAAGAAACCAUACCUGGUCUGAAUUCGAAAAAAUCGAAGCUGAGAGGAACGUCAAAACCGUUGAAGAAUCCAAUGUUGACCCUGAUGAAUUGCUGUUUGACACUGAAUUGGCUGAUGAAGAUCUAUUGACUCAUGACGCUAGAGACUGGAAAACGGCUGAUUUGUAUGCUGCUAUGGGUCUGUCCAAGUUGCGUUUCAGAGCCACCGAAAACCAAAUCAUCAAGGCUCAUAGAAAACAAGUUGUCAAGUACCAUCCAGAUAAACAAUCUGCCGCUGGUGGUAGUUUGGACCAAGAUGGGUUUUUCAAGAUUAUUCAAAAGGCUUUUGAAACUCUAACUGAUUCGAACAAGAGAGCACAAUACGAUUCAUGUGAUUUUGUCGCGGAUGUUGCUCCACCAAAGAAGGGUACCGGAUAUGACUUCUACGAGGCUUGGGGUCCUGUUUUCGAUGCCGAAGCUCGUUUCUCCAAGAAGACUCCAAUCCCAUCUCUAGGUAACAAGGACUCUUCCAAGAAGGAAGUCGAACAAUUCUAUGCUUUCUGGAAUAGAUUCGACUCCUGGAGAACCUUUGAAUUUUUGGACGAAGAUGUUCCAGAUGACUCCUCCAACAGAGAUCACAAACGUUACAUCGAAAGAAAGAACAAGGCCGCAAGAGACAAGAAGAAGACAGCUGACAACGCCAGAUUAGUCAAGCUUGUCGAAAGAGCUGUCAGUGAAGAUCCUCGUAUCAAAUUGUUCAAAGAAGAAGAGAAGAAGGAAAAGGAGAAAAAGAAGUGGGAAAAAGAAGCUGGCGCAAGAGCCGAAGCUGAAGCCAAGGCCAAGGCCGAGGUUGAAGCUAAGGCCAAGGCUGAAUCUGAGGCCAAAGCCAAUGCCUCCGCCAAGGCUGACAAAAAGAAGGCCAAGGAAGCUGCCAAGGCUGCUAAGAAGAAGAACAAGAGAGCUGUCCGUAACUCCGCAAAGGACGCAGAUUACUUUGGCGAUGCUGACAAGGCCACUAUCAUUGACGAACAAGUUGGUUUGAUCGUCGACAGUUUGAGUGACGAAGAAUUAGUAUCCGCUGCUGAGAAGAUCAAGGCCAAUGCUGCCGGUGCCAAGGAAGUCUUGCAAGAAUCUGCCAAGACUAUUGUCGAUUCUGGCAAACUGCCAUCCAGCUUGUUGUCCUACUUUGCCUAG